AUCUGGAAUGUCUUGCCCGUCCAUGUCCUAUCCAGGAUUGCCUCUGUUACCCUGCGUCUCCAGAACCAUCAUCGAGAAUACUAGAUUGCAGAAACAUUUCGAAGAUUUUACACACUGCGCAUGCUCUAACAACGAACGAACUUUUCUAUGAAAUAACUUUUAGAAAUUCAAAUUUAUCAGAAUUAUCCGAAGGAGAUUUACGAGGACUGCGAACAAAGCGACUAGACCUAGGAGGCAAUAAAAUCCAGAGCAUUCAUUCACGUACAUUUGCCGGUUUAAAGUUCGAUCUAAUAUACAUUUACUUGGAAGGUGACGGGAAAGCUUUUAUUCCAUUUCAUUCCCUGCACAGCCUCAAAUCCUUGCGGAUACUUAUCUUGGUGAACUUUGCUCUUCAUUACAUCGACAAUUCUGUAUCUUUUCUCCUCCUUCCAAACUUAAAACAUUUAUCACUUAUGAAUACCGGAACCACUUUCUUUUCCUCCUACACAUUUGAUAGCAACGCUAAUAGAUUAACGGAAUUUCAAUUUUGCGACAAUCCGAAAGUGAGCACGUUUCCAGUCGGUGCGAUGAGAAAUCUCUUUUACGUUCAAAAGCUAGUUUGGACCGGAAAUGGGAUGACUGUUAUACCUGCGCAUGCGUUCCGAGAUCUUGCUCAUCUGGAAGAUUUAGACAUUUCUGAAAAUGAACUCAACAAAAUAGAAACACAUAGUUUCUCUGGAGUAACGGACCACAUAAGGCAACUCAAUCUUUCCAGAAACAAACUUACUUCACGUAGCAUAUUGCAAGAAUUUUCGAGGACACAAUGGAUAGCGCUACAAUAUCUGAAUCUUUCAUAUAAUUCCAUAGACCAUCUCGAAGAAGCCAUUUUUAAGAAAAUGGAAAAGCUGUUACAUUUAGAUUUAUCUUCCAAUGGUUUACAAAGUAUCAGUGCGUCAAAUUUUCAACAUCUCCAUCACCUACAAAAACUUGAUCUGAGUCGCAAUUCUUUACACUCCGUAGAUAUCAAAGCAUUUAUCUGGACUAAAUCUUUGAGUGUUCUUAAUUUGCAACAUCAAGAAACUGGAAAACAACAAAUGGAUUUUACAAACGCUCAUGAUAACAGCGUAAAACUUAGUAUCAAGAAGAUUAUUCUUUCUCAUACAAGAUUAAGAGACUCAAAUUUUUGGCAGUUGCUACAGAGGGUGCCGUAUCUGAAGCAUCUUCACGCGGCUCAUUCGGGGUUGUCCGUGCUAAUACCAGGAGGAUUCCGUCAGACGAAGCUAACUCACGUAUCAUUGCACCACAAUCAUAUUUAUGAACUUUUUCCAGACACAUUUUCUGGUCUAGAGGAUUCUCUUGAAAUUCUAAACUUGAAAAACAAUCGGCUGAAUAAGCUGGAUGAACUUAUGGUAAAAAAUCUGAAAUCUUUAAAAGUCAUUGACAUCUCCCUUAACCGAAUAGAAUGCAACUGUAGCAUGCAGUGGUUUUUGAAAUGGUUGAAAUUGAAUUCAGAAGAAGAUUCAGUCUUGGAGCAUUUGAAUCAUGGUUAUGAUCUAAAAUGCAGCAAUCUUUCUGAAGGUGGAAACAUAAACUUUGAAACUGCAAUGAGUGAUUUAAAAUGUGAAAAUGACACAAGAAGAAACCGAGUCAACUCAACGAGUACACCGCUGACGUCACCUAAUAAACAGUUGUCCAGUAACUGGGUAUCAAUGACUGCCAUAUUUAUUUCAGCUUUUCUUCCUACAGUUAUUUUGGCUUUAAUUGUUUUAAUAUUAAUUUCGAUUCUUAGGUCUCGACCUAAAAGAAAACAAUGCCGAUGUAGUGAAUCCGAAAUAACUGAUGUAUGAGUUCGGUGGCGUGGGUAGAUCCAUAAUUUAUAAUUUCUUUGCAUAAAAGGGAUUAAGAGUAAUCGAA